GGCCGUUUCUAUGGAAACCAGGUGGCACAAACUUUCUCUUCCUUCUGGUUGGCGAUUUUAAAAAAUGAACAAAGAUCAUUCCAAAUAUGACAUGGCACGCCUGCGCAUUGAACUGGAGCAAGAACGAAAAAUGAAAGGCAUGCUGGAAGAGUCGGUACGGGACCUGCGGUGCACCACGAGGGAACUUCAAGACAGACUUCACGGUGUCGACGGGGAAGACAACGAGUGGAAGACCAGAUAUGAAACUCAGACUGAGCUCAACGCACAGCUACAAAGGCAACUCGCUCUCGUCCACGAGAGGCUGCAAGACCUGCGUGGGAACCCAGUGGGUGAGAUGACACUGUCUUCGAACGAGGAUGGAUACCGCCUGGCCUCUAUCCGAUCCUACGAUGACAUGCCACCCGAAUCGCUACGGCAUCGCCUCAAGUUGCUCACCGAUGAGAAGUCAGGCCUGCAGAGUCAACUGGCUGACUGUCGCGUUAGCAUUGAACUAGAGUCAAAGGUUAGUGGGACCGAGUUGAUGCAUUCCAUCCAACUGCUUAGUACAAUCUCUGCACGUUUUUUUUGGGGGGGGGGCAAUCAGGCAUUCCAUAAAACUAAUGAUGAGAGGCGAGCAUACCUCUCGGAAAUUGCCAAGGUAAGCGACCUCCUCCGCCCGCAUGUUGUUGACAACCAAGCUGCCGUGUGGAAUAUGUUCUUCUGCAGUUGUCCUCCACUGUUGACGACCAGCGGAGGGAGUACUCCAAGCAGCCACAGAGGGCCCCGGAGAGCAAGCUCAGGUAUGACACCAACCUAGGGAUGAAAAAUUCACUCGUUGACUUUUUGCGAUUGCACUAAAGCCACUGUCUGAUGUAAAAGUAUCACUUUGUCGUCUUGCGGCAUCCCUCUGCCAAGGAGCUUUGUUGACGUGAGUCGAGUCGAGUUACAUGUCCGCCAUCUUGUGGCAUCUAUAGGACAUUGCGAACCUUUUUUUGGUUGCACACAUUUUUGGCUUGGUUUUGCACAAAUUGCGCAAUGCCCAAAUCAAAUUGAUUGAAACUCCUAAUUUCAUCAAUCUGAUUGAUUUUGAAUGAAAUGUAACACCAGCCGGUAGCUAACCUUUCCCAA